UUAGUUUCACCUCCUUUCAAAGACGAAAAGAAGAAGAAGAAGAAGAAGAAGAGGGGGGGGAAAACAAGCCUCCUUUGGAUGUUCUUCCCCUUCCUGAGACGUUCAUUUCCGCACCUGUCAUUAGAAGAGAACCGGGAGGGGGGCGAGCGACAAGGGCACCGAGAGAGAGCCGGCAAAGGCGCACCGAGAGGCGGCCACCUCGUGAAGGACACACACCCCCCCCCCCCCCUCUCCCUCCACCUCCCUUUUCCCCCCUUUUAAGAAACAUGCUGCUGUGGACCAGAAUAGUCCUGGUCGCCGUCGCCUGCUCGUCCUUGGCGGUGUCCCCCGGCAUGGGAUGCGGACCGGGCCGGGGCUACGGCCGGAGGAGGCACCCCAAGAAGCUGACACCUCUCGCCUACAAGCAGUUCAUCCCCAACGUGGCCGAGAAGACCCUGGGGGCGAGCGGCCGCUACGAGGGCAAAAUCACGCGCAACUCGGAGCGAUUUAAAGAGCUCACGCCCAACUACAACACGGACAUCAUCUUCAAGGAUGAGGAGAACACCGGCGCCGACCGGCUCAUGACUCAGCGGUGCAAGGACAAGCUGAACUCGCUGGCCAUCUCCGUGAUGAACCAGUGGCCCGGCGUCAAGCUGCGAGUCACCGAGGGCUGGGACGAGGACGGCCACCACUUCGAGGAGUCCCUCCACUACGAGGGCCGGGCGGUGGACAUCACCACGUCGGACCGGGAUAAGAGCAAGUACGGCACCCUGUCCAGGCUGGCGGUGGAGGCCGGUUUCGACUGGGUCUACUACGAGUCCAAAGCCCACAUCCACUGCUCGGUGAAAGCAGAAAACUCCGUGGCGGCCAAGUCCGGAGGCUGCUUCCCGGCAUCCUCCACGGUCACGCUCCAGGACGGCUCCACCAAACCGCUGAAGGACCUCCAAAGCGGGGACAAGGUCCUGGCAGCGGACGCCGAGGGCAGGUGCCUCUUCACCGACUUCCUCACGUUCAUCGACCGGGACUCGACCACGCGGCGGCUCUUUCACGUGGUGGAGACAGACGCGGGCCACCGGAUCGCGCUGACCGCCGCACACCUCCUCUUCGUGGUCAACAACUCCACCGGGAGCCGCGGAGCUUCGGCGGUGUUCGCCAGCCAGGUGCGGCCGGGCCACGAGGUGCUGGUGCCGGACGGCGAGCGACUCCGGCGGGUGACCGUGGCGCGGAUUUCCACGGAGGAACACGUGGGCUCCUACGCGCCGGUGACCGCGCAAGGCACGCUGGUGGUGGACCGGGUGCUUGCGUCCUGCUACGCCGUGGUGAGCAGCCACGAACUGGCGCACUGGGCCCUGGCGCCGCUCCGGCUCGCCCAUUGGGUGUCAUCGGUGCUCUCCGGCGCGCAGACCCGUAACCAUACGCAUGAGGACGGCAUGCAUUGGUACUCCGAGGCGCUCUAUCACUUAGGAACGUGGCUCUUGGACCCUCACGCCUUGCAUCCACUCGGCGUGUCCAGCUGAAACCAGACUUGAGGACCAGACUUUUCCACACACGAAAAAUAAAUAAAUACAUACAUAAAUAAAUAAAUAAAUAAAUAAAUGUAGGACUCUUCACUAGAUGAAAUAAUAAUAAUUCAUUAAAAAAAAAAAAAAAAAAAAAAAAAAAAAAAAAAAAAAAAAAAAAAAACCUCGACAAAGGCCCCAUGCAGUUGGAGUUGAUGAUGGGAUAUUUAUUAUUAUUAUUUCUGUGACUUUUCUAUGAUGAUGACGACGCGUUCCCCUUUCAAAGAACGAAUGGAGCCUUAAAAGAGAGAAAGAGAAAAGUUUGAAUAAUUUAUUCUCACAUGAACUGAUGGCUGCGGAGAAAAGUGUGCAUAAUCUAUUUUUGUAUAUGUCCAAUGCAAAACCAACAAAGAAGACAAAAAAAAAGUCAAUAACGGCAAAGAGAAACAACACGAAGCUAACUCUUGACAGGUUGUAAUGUUCAUAAUGUGCAUAUAUACAUAUAUAUAUAAAUAUAAAUAUAUGUGUGCAACUGACUGUUAUAUUUUGGGGGAAGAACAAACUUGGCGGGGUUCCAUAAAUUAUAUUUUUAUACACAGAAUUGUAAAUUAGAUUUUGACAGAUCGCUACCGAAUUUGAAAUAGUGUAAAGAUAUGAGAAUAUAUUUUAAUUUAAAUACAGUAGUAUUGGGGAAAGUGAUGGAAAAUUAAGAAGAAAAAAAAAUGAAAAAUCUUGUACUUUUUUGGGGGGAGGGGGGGUUGUCAGAGAGAGAUAUUCUGCCUCAUGUCUGCAUUCUUAAUUUUUUUGGUUGCUAUUAUUGAUUUUAUUUUCGUUUUCCUCUGAGAAAAACAAAAAACAAAUGCAGAUUCUGACAAUUCGGUAACAGUUACAAGCCGUACUGCUUCGUUGACAAAAUUAAUAAGUAACUAAUGUAAAUGUACUAAAAAUGUUUUUUUCCUUUUUUUUGUCCUCCAUAUUUUAAUAAUAAAAAUAAUCAUAGGGAAAUAGUUUUAUAGAGAUGUGGCAGACGCACAGUUUGGGUAGUAUAUAUACAUAUAUAUGUAUAUGGACAGAGCAUACCAGUUAACUUUCAUAACAGGGCGAUGUGUCGACAACAAAUGUCUAGAGUUUAUUUAUAUGUUUAUUACGAAAAUGAUGAUAAAGAAAAUGUGUUCAAACUUGGGUUUUAUGUCUUUUCCUGAAUUUUUGGGGGACUUAUUAGGUGAUAAAAACAAACGUGUGAAAGUAGAGAAGGGUUUGAAAGAAAGGGCAAAAAAUCAAAAAUAAAAUAACGCGCGCCUUCCCAAAAAAAUGGACAUAUUGCACUUUGAGAAACCUUUCACGUGCUUGUGAAAUGUGGCGCGCUCUCGUCAAAUGUGACGAGCUUUGCCCUCUGCAAAUAACCUCCAUCUCGGCACACACAAAGCGUGUUUGUUGGCCGCCUUUGAACGCUUUAUAGGCUUAUUAAACCUCCGGGACGUCCUCAAACGUCAUCGAUCGCCAGUUUCGGACGAUAUUGAAGGUGCAAGUGUGAAUUCUCUUUGGAUUAUUUUAGCGGGGAUGAUGAGGUUCUCGUUGAAGGAAGUUUGGGUUAAAAAUUGGGCAGGCGCGACACCGUGUGGAAUACUGACGGGAGUGCAACAUAGGAACGCUGAAGGGGAAAUUGCUGGGGUUUUUUCGGUUAAAAAAACACCACCAGAUUUAAAAUAUAUAUAUAGAUAUAAUAAUAAAUAGCAACAACAACAAAAAAUACUUCAAAGAAGACAAAAUUCAGUCAAAUUUUAUAAUUUUUUUGGACACCCCUGACUUAGUAGGGAAAUUAUUUCGAUCAAGUAAAAAGUACCCACAGAAAACCUAUAUUGACCUAAAAAUGAGACUACAUAAUUUUUAAUUACUCUUUAAAUGUUUUAGUUUAUAUGGCAGACUUGCCCAAAUGCUUAUAAUAAUAAUAUCCUACAUUGCUGGAUCUCUGUUUUAAUACAAUUUGAUUCAUCAAGCAGGCACCGUUUUAUGUACGUUAUGCCAACACUCAUAUUUUCCAUCUGUGUGAAACGCGGAUAUCGAAAGGUCAAUGUGGCCACAUCAAGUAGCGGAAAAUACUUCACAAAUCCAUUUUGUCCUUAAAUGUUCCUACUGACGCAUUGGCCGCCAUAGAUCCAGUUCAGUCCUGUCAUGUAGAUUGCUUCUCAUAAAUUAUUGUUCACAAAUCUGGCUAAAUCUGUGUUGGUGCGCACUACUCCAUUGCCAAAACAAUCCCUCCACCUCACAGGUUCGGCAUAUCAAGAUGCUGAUUAGAGAGCAUAUUCUUAUUGGGGGCAGUCUACGGCACACCUCAUGUGCAAUAAAUGUGCUGCACUGCGUGAGGCAGAAUAUGGUGUAGCUGCUCAUUUUAGAGUGGCCUUUUAUUGUGGGCAGCCUAAGGUACACGUACAAUAAGAACACUUUCUAAACGAGGUGGAUGGAUUAUCUGGGCAACGGAGCAGUGCUGCUCAGAUUUUUGAUUUUUUUAUAAUUUGUGAGAGAAAAAAGCUCAAAGCUCUAAGACAAAGUCUUAGAGCUUUGAGUUCAGUUCAUGAAAAAUGGGAACAAAAACAAAAGUGUUGCAUUUAUAUUUUUGCCCAGUAUGCAUUCACUCCCUUCAUUUGAAAACUGAUAUCUGUACUUGAGUAUUUAUUUUUCAGAUGACUUUUUCCUAUUACAUGUCGGGGUUACAUACUCUUUAAUAGUAAUGUAAGAAGCAUUCCUAAAAUGAUUAAAGCCAACCCUUCAAACAAGGUAAACCAGGCCACGACUGCGAAGUGUUGCAACACGAGCAGGAAUUCCACGUCUUGCUCUCAGGUUGCCCACAUUGUGUGUACUUGUUGAUAUUGUGAGGUGGAAACUUUUUUU